CUUCCAAAUGGUGUCACCUACCAUACAGGCACAUAUCAAGAUAGAUUGGGAAAGCUGCAAGAACAUCUGCGCCAACUCUCAAUACUGUUUCGGAAACUGAGAUUGGUAUACGAUAAGUGCAAUGAGAAUUGUGCAGGACUUGAACCCAUUCCAAUAGAACAGCUCAUUCCUUACGUGGAAGAGGAUGGAUUUAAACAUGAUGACCGAGGAGCCACCAACCAGCUACUCUUUGCUAGUGAAGAAAGACGGGAAAUCAUGGAAGUUAUCAAGAAACUGAAACAGAAGAAUCAACAGCUGAAGCAAAUCAUGGAUCAAUUGCGGAAUCUCAUUUGGGACAUAAAUGCCAUGUUGGCAAUGAGGAACUGAAUACGUUUUCUUUCUACCACAUUGUGAUAUUUGAUAUUAUUUGUUAACAGAAGAAUAACUUUUUAAAGAAGACCACGGGUCUUUGAUGGUACUGUAAAUAAUAAUGUAUAUAUUUGUUAUACUUCAGUUAUGCAUAUUUAAGCCUUGAAAUUCAAUGUAAGUUUUCAUUUUCAGAUCCAGGAUGGACAACUUUUAUUUCUGAGGUUGGGGCAAUAGUUUCUUUUAUAUGAAAACAGUAUAAAGGUUUUUCAUGAAGAAAUCCAAAGAAUACUUUGUCCUAGAGCAGUGUUGGCGAUCCUUUUUGGCACUGAGUGCCAAAAUGGGAGCACGCGCACAGGGGAGCACCAGAAACCGGAAGAGCAGCUUCCCAGCAUGCAUGUGAAAAAGCAGUUCCCCAGUGCAUGUGCGCGCUGGGAAGCUGAGCUUCCAGUUUCCUACAAGCGCAUUCACUCCAGUCACCUGGUCUUCCG